AUGCCUGGUAGACGUUGUGUUGUUCAGGACUGUGGAAACGUAAAGAACGAUGAAUUGGGGAUUUCUAUUCAUAAUUCUCCUGAUUCGGGCAGCGUUAGAUUAAAGUGGAAAGGGUUCGUGUCCAUUCAUCGGAAGGAUUUCAACACGGUGGGAAAAUUUGCUGUGUGCUCGGAGCAUUUUACAAGGGAUUGUUUUACGCUUGCUUUUCCGAUGAAAGACAUGAAAAGGAAUUUGAAGAAGGGGACGUUUCCAACCAUUUGGAAAUAAUCCUCUCAAACACUAUCACAGCGGAGUCGACGAUCGGUGAGUGAAAUUACAAUGUAUUUGCGCUGUGUUUAUCACCAUUAUAUUUAUUUCCCCAUUUACCUGUGACAUUAUUUUUUCUGGCAUCGUUGUUCAGUAUUCGUGUAAUGAAUACUCUGACUAGUUGGACUUCCCAUAUUGUUGCAUGUGUUUUCAUACUUUUCUGCUUUCUCAUAGUUAUAGUAAAACGGGCAUUUGCGCUGAGUGGACGUGAAGUCAAUUCCCCAAUUCCCAGACCUUUCCACUCAAGCGUAAAAUUUAGAAAAAGUGAAGCUACAUAGAAAUCCGGCUCUCUAUUUUUUGAGAGAUUAUCUUGCUGUUACUUUGAGAUUUGACAGUACUCCAAACUUCCCUCCAAGAAAUCUUACAGCAAAUUAAGAGUUUAAUACACGCGAGUCUUUUAAAAUGACCAAAAAUGGACUUAGUCUGAUUUCUACAUUCUAUAAGUUCAGUUACUGUUUGCGGGUUUUUUUGUUCGUUUGUAUUUUAAUUCUAUUUUCCCUUUCUGCAAAUGAUACAUACAUUUUAAGGCAAAGAUGUGGUUAAACCUUGCUUCCAUUUCUAGUUUUGAAAACAUCGACAUAAAGCUCAAAUUUAAACUUGUUUUGAAGGGGAGAUAUAAAAAAAUGGUCUUACCUAUUUUCAUUUUUAGCUACUAAAUGAAAUUCUGGCUGGUCAAACUACUAAUGAGGAUACAGAGGAAGAAGACAAUCCUGAAGAAGAGGUGAUCUCUUUGAAAGGAAGUUCUGCACCUAAGGAGAGUGCUGACACUAUGGGGGCUCCCAAUCUCAACCCAGAGGAGUCUCCAGAAGUCGAGGGUGUUCUGAAUACAAGCCAGGGUUCUUUGCUUGAGGUAAAUCCUGAAAAGGAGGGCUGCAUCCCUGAGACUGAGACGGGUGAGAUAAGUGUUGAUGCUGAGAUGGCUUCAGAGGUCCUAGGUACUCCUGGUGAUAAGACAGCUCUCGAGAGCCAAGGGAUUUCAGGCACUGAUGAGGUUACUGAGACCAUGCAGAUCCUGGAGGCUCAGGGAAUCGAAAAAGUGCAGGAUAUGGAUGAAGUUAUGCAGAUUGAUGAAUCAUUAAUGAUUCCUGAACUUGAACAGGUUUCUAUGGUAGGUGCAUAACUCUAAUUAAAGUUUAUUUGUAUCUUUGUAUUAUCAUAACAAUGGAAAACUACAUGUGCAGUUAUUUUACAACAAUACUAAAACACAAAAAUUCUAAAGUAUUGUUAUUACAGCCUGUAUUAAUGUUGAAAGUUUGUUUUUUGUAGGAUACUCCAACUGGACAUGCUGGGAAUUGCACAACAUGCAAAACCCUGAGGAGUGAGGUGACUCAGUUAAGGGGCAAAGUCACAAGACUGAAGAGUAAGUUAAUCUCCAAUCAAGAUCAAUGGGUUGAAACCUUUAGGAGCAUACAAGAGCCGAAGCAGUUGCUGAUGGUGAAUGCUGGUGAGUCAACAAUAAUUGAUGUUGAUGAGUCAUAUAGGCAUAACUGCCUAUCUUUAUAUUUUUAUUACAUUUUAUCAAUAUUUGAUCAUUUAAUAAUAAUUAAAAUUUUAAUGGUAAUAGAAUUUUUUUAAUUCCAUUUGUUUAAGCUAUUCAAACUGAUCCAUGGCCAGUAACAAAUGAGACAGAGUUAGGGCUAGAGGAUGAAUCAGAAGAUGAGCAGGAAAUGCAGGACGAUGCGUAUGAGGAGUUUGAGUGUGAUGAAGACCCUACAUGGAGUCCUGAAGAAAUCGAAGAUGCAUAUAAAAAACUAAAGGAAGAUGAUGACUCGAUGAAGACUCAUCAGAACCCAAGGUACAAAGAUGCAAAAUUUAUUGCAUUUUAACAUCUUAGCUCUAAGUAUCCUCUGGGAAGUGAUUUAGGCCUAAAACUACCUCCCAUUAUGAGAGGAUCUAUUUAGAAACAAGAGUGCAUGAAACUUGUUUUUUAAUUUACUCAGAAAAAAAUUGCGAAAAAAAAAAAAAAAAAAAAAAAGCAGAGGCCUAAAAAUGUUUGGUUUGUUCACUCAACCACUUGUAAUAAAUUAUGCAUCAUUGGGGUGGGCUAGAUAGCUUAAGGGCUCAAUGUUUUCAUGUGUGCAAUCAACAGAAUUAUUAUAAAAAAGCAUUUUUCAGGAUGUAUGUGAGAAUAAAAUCCCAACCCACAAUUAGCCUGGUUUACAACAAGUUGAAAAACUGGCAACACCCUGAGAAAAACAAUAAAAAUGACAAUCAUUUUUUUUAUUGUUAUUUUAUUAGUUCAGAUGCUAUGAUUAAAUGAGUAUUUCCUUUCAAUCAUUUUGUACAGGUUGGAUCUACAAGGAAAAAACAUUCGAGAGGAACCAAAGGGAAUUGUUUUCCUUUCCAAACUUCUUCUUUUGUUUCAGUUCUGCACUUGUGCUUCUUUUCAAAACCCAAACUUUCUCUAUCACAGACAGGUACCUUGUUAA